AAGUAUUUAGGGAACAGUUGGUGGCGUACACGUCACUGAUUUCAUGCACCAAUUCCAACUGAAGAGGUAGGGAAAAUACUGUGUAAGAAUCUGUGUUGAAGACUGAGAAGAGGAGUAGAAAUUGAUUGGAAAUGAUGCUGAGAUUUCAAGCUCCUUCUCUCAAAUCUUCUCCAUUUCUCCCCUCACUCUCUUCUUCAUCAUCUGUUUUCCUCCCUAAUUCCCGGACUGAUUUCAUUUCCCUGGAAACACGGAAUUCGAUUUCCAUUGGAAGAAGACCCAAUCGGGUUUCUACCAUUUCAGCUUCCAGUGAUCAUCAUGGGUCUAACCAAGAUCGUAAUUUUCGGGGAGGGGAAUCUUUCUUCAGGAGCAUCUUGGCAGCUAUGGAGACUGUUUAUCUGAAGAGGAAUCCCACAGCCAAAGCCAUCUUGGAGCUUGUUCGUUCUGUUGUUAAUGAUCGCAUAUGCUAUGAUCAUUUUGCUUUUAGGACAUUCGGGGUAAAUGGUCAUGGAAUCGAUUCUAUGGCUAAACUUUUCCUGGAUUUUGGUUAUGUCCAAAGAGAAGAGUUGAGAUUCCCAGCAAAGAAGUUGAAAGCCUUUUGGUUUUCACCCCCCAAUGUUCCAAAUUCUGAUGUUGGUGGAGGUGUUAAUGGACCCUUACCAAGGAUAUUCAUAUCCGAACUUCUUGUUGAUCAAAUGACUCCAGAAGCUCAGGAAAUAAUUGAAAAAUACACUAAAUUAUCGGGAAAUGGGAAAAGGCAUGCAGCUUCGGCCAGUGCACUGGGAUGUUUGACAUGGGAAAAGCCCUCAUACUCUGACUUUCAACAGUUGGCUAGGGAAAGUGAAUAUGCUGCCUGGACUCUUGUCAAUGGAUAUGCAUUAAAUCAUGCCACUAUAUCUACUCACCGGCUCAAAUCACAUUUAAGAAAUAUCAGAAAUCUUAAUCAGUUUAUCGAGGAGAAUGGUUUCAAGUUGAACUCUGAAGGAGGCUUCUUAAAGGUGAGUCCUGAUGGUCUCUUGUUACAAAGUUCGACGGUGGCAGAUUCAGCUUCCUUCGAGUUUGCUGAAGGAGUCACAGAGUCUAUCCCACGCUCGUACAUUGAGUUUGCUGAACGUCUUGUCCUUCCUCAGUUCAGAACUCUACCAGAGGACAAGAUUGAAGAGAUCCACAGACGAGACGGCUUUGAGGUCGGAAAUGCUGACAAGAUAUUUGAGAGCACAUCCAAGGAUCAGCUUUCCAGGAAGGUGGCUUGAGACAGAGAACGCCAUGUACUUUGCUUUGGCACAAAACGAUAGUUCAAAGACAUCUUAAGGAUCUUGAUGGCUGAACUUUGUUACAUUGUACAUAGUCCAUAAACUGCUUCUCUGAUGUGAUAAGCCCUCUAUAUUCACCGUAAAAAGUUGAAGGAGAACAAUACGCUAACUGUUUUCUAGGAAAGUGUUCUCAGCUCAGAGCUUCAGCAGAGGUGAGCAUGUGGAUUUGCUCUUUCCUACCCUCAUCCUCCUGUAAACUCCUUAAAAAUUUAUACAUAAAGGCGUUGCAUGCAAUUUGCCAAGAUGUUCUUGGACUUCA